UUAUUAUAUAUUGUAAAUUGUAAAUUGUUAAUGACGUGCUCUCUUAUAUUACACGUACAAGAAGUAAGGUUAUGUUUUUAUUUUGACAUAUAUAAAAAUAAGUUAUAUUUUCAAUAAUUAAUCAUUAUGGAAGCUAUAUGGAACGACAAGCAAUUAGAACGCCCUCCCAAUGCGGUUUGUCAUGUUGAACGUCAAAAAUUUGAUGCAGCUGCAUUUUUAUUAACAUUGGACAAAAUUGUAAAGGAUUUAACUUCUCAAGAAAUGUUGCAUAAAGAAGCAGCAAUUUUAAGUAGAUUAAUUUAUCGUAUGAAAAGAAAAUUUCGAAGUGACAAAGGCUUGAAAUCAAUGCUUAAAGUAAACAAAGCAUUGCUCAGAUAUUUAUCAUUGUCACUUGAAAAAGAAUAUGAAAAUUUGAAGAAUCAUGUUGAAAUAGAUCAAAAAUAUAUUACAUUAUCAAGUAAACAAAUGGUAGAAUAUGUUUUAGUUAAAACACAGGGCUUUGCAAAACUUAUGUUACAUUUAGAAGAGGUUUCUAGACACGCUGCAUAUUUUUUUAAAUGUAGAAUAGCUUUAGGUCAUGCUUGGUCCGUUGGUAUUAUUUCAUAUGCCGUUAUUAGUAGAAUAUGGAUUUUAUCAAGACAUUUACUUAAAAAAGUAUGUAUAUGGUAUAAUGACUUAUAUCAGUAUCUACACUUAUUUGAAAUUGUUGGAUUACCUUGGCUACCUGAAAACUAUGAACUUGCAGAUGAUCUAAAAUCAUGGCUAUUAGUACCAUGGAUAGAUGAAUCUACACCAAGUGUUCCCAAUGAUUAUGGAUUAAAAAAUACAAUGUUUAAAUUAAUUACUCCUUAUGAUUCAGAUGAAGAUUUAGCUUUUAACAAUAAAGAAACAAAAUCUGAAAAUACAGUUUCUUCUUUGGGAAAUAAAAAUAUUUCAAAUAAGAUUGCAACUGUUAUUUCUAAUAAUGAUACAGGAGAAAUUGUAGAUCGUCAUGCUUUUGAAUUAGAAUGUAUUCAGAACUCAUCAAUAACUGCUGAAAAGAAACAUAAAGAAAUCACAAAUGUUGAUAAAGCAAAUGAAAAAGAAAAAGUAGCAAAUUUUAUGAAUAGCCAUCGACAGUUUUGUGUCGAAAAUUUAGGAAAAGAUUUUAUAAUUGAAAAAAAGAAGAAAAAUUCUAAAAUAAAAAUAAAAAAAUUGGGAAAAAAAGAAAAAUUAAUUACUUUCGAUAAUAUUAACAAUAAGUCAGAUUUAAAAUUACUUCUAAACAGAACAUCAUAUCCUGGUUUGGAUAAAUUACAAUGGAAUGUAAUUAAAAAUAAAAGCAAAAAAUUAUUAGAUAAGUUGGAGAGUUGUUCUGAUGAAAUCAAACAAUCAAUUCUAUUUAAAAAGGUAAUAAAACGUAUAAAAAAUUGGAUUGCUUAAAUAUAUAUUGUGUGUGUAUCGAACGGAAAAA